UGAACAGAAGUUAACCAAUCAAAUCCAGAGUUCAUUAGAAAAAAAAAAUUAUUCCUGCUUUAUUUUUUGAAGAAAUAAGGCCGUCAAUUUUGGAACUUGAACCAUCAAAUUCAUCAAAAACAUUCAAAGAUCUUAGUUUUGAUUUUCUACGUGUAUUUAAGCUUCUUGAUUCAGCAAGAACAGGAGUUAUUUCAUUUCUUUUUUCACCUCUUCCUCUUCUUCUUCGUCGGGGUCAGUAAGACAUGAAGCUCUUUGGGUGGAUGCAUAAUAAGCUACAUGGUAAACAAGCGAAUACUCAUAGACCAAGAACAUCAUCUGCUUGUUCUCAUCAAUCACGAGAAGAGUUCAGUGAUUGGCCUCACGGAUUACUUGCCAUUGGAACGUUCGGUACCUUGAUCAAAGAUCAAACCCCAAUACAUGUUGUUCAAGAAGUGAUUCAAGAAGAGAAGACUUCUAACAUGCACGUGGAAGGUAAAGCGCAAGAUAGAAAUCACGAUCUUUCUUUAUCCGAUGAUCUUGAAGAUUUUACUCCCGAGGAAGUUGGGAAACUACAAAAUGAGCUGACGAAGCUCUUGACAAGAAAGAACAAGAAGAGGAAGUCUGAUGUGAACAAAGAACUUGAGAAUCUUCCUUUGGAUAGAUUCUUGAAUUGUCCUUCGAGUUUUGAAGUCGAUAGACGAAUCAGCAACGCGUUUUCAGGUGGUGGAGAUUCUGAUGAGAACCAAGAAGACAUUGAGCGUGCGAUUAGUACUAUUUUGGGGAGAUGCAAAGCUAUUUCUACAGGGAGUAAAAGUAAGAUGAAGGCUAAGAGAGAUUGGAGCAAAACCUCUGUUUCUUAUCUCCUCAAGAAGAUGUUUGUAUGUACAGAGGGGCACUCUCCUCUUCCUAACCCUGGCUUGAGAGACACGUUUCAAGAAUCGAGAAUGGAGAAGUUUCUGAGAGUAAUGCUACUCAAGAAGAUUAAUACUCGAGCUUGUCCAAAGGAAACAUCAACGUGUAGAUACGUGCAAGACAGGCAACAACUUUCAUUAAAGAAUAAGGAAGAAGAAGGAAGAAGUAGUAGCGAUGGGAGUACAUGGGUCAAAACAGAUUCUGACUGUGAGUUUAAAAUCUUUUUAUUUCUUUUCAAAACAAAAGAAGUCGUCCAUGAACUAAUUCUAUUUUCAUCAUCUUCUUUUUGGUUGCAGUCAUUGUUCUUGAGAUCUGAUUCACUUUACCCCUACUCAGAUUCUUACAGGAAAGUACAGGUAAUAUAGUUAAUUUGAACAAUGAAUCUCAACCUCAUUAAUUUUGCAUCUUUUAAUGCUAAAUCUGAUGUUAGAUCUUAUGUCUUUGCAGAUAGAGAAUAUUCAUUGAUAUCAAGACAAAGAAAAAUCAGAAAGAAGUGAUCAAUCGAUUUUCUUUUUCUUUUUGAUUAAUUUUUUGGGUAUCAUCUAUAUGUAGAUCCCAUAAGUGUCCUUUUUUGCAUGUUUGUGUUCAUAAAAAACAAACAUGUUCAGGAAA